UAAAAAAGGAGAAAAAAGCGUUAAUGGUACUCUUUGUCCAUAGUUAGUAUAAACUUCCUCCAGUCAGAAUUAAUCUAAACAUAACUCAAGAAAUCUGUCAUUCAUUUUGACAUUUUUGCCUAGGAUAUCUUAGUCCCGCAAUUUUACAUCAAAAUUAAAAUAUCUGCUUGAAACGAGGCUUCCUCGUUGAACGACAACAAAUACUUUACAGAAGAAUCCCUACUCUUGACCAAUCAGCGACAAAAGGAGCGUAGACUUCGGCUCCGAAUUUCGCCUUGCCUCUCGGAAAAAUACCGUGUGCCCGAACUGCCGAAAAACACCUCACAGAUUUUCAAAACGAACAAAAAUUUCACAAAAUGUCGUCAUGAUAUUUGCACGAAGUCUUCCGAACUGUUUUGGAUGGGAAGCAUGCGGACGCUGAAGCAUCUGUGGUUGCAACCCAUUCUGUAUUGGGUAGUUGGUUAGGUUAGGGACGUCCCAAAGAGCCCGAUUAGCACUAACCAUCAUCUGUCGCACUGCUAACGUUAGCUGCUUGAGAGUGACUUUCAACCGUUUGCUAGAUGUUGGAUAUGAACUUUCACCACGUGGCAUCGUCUGUAUUUUUCAUGGAAAUGUGACAAACUCUACUAAUUUCAUUUUAGUGUUUGUGACCACUCGCAGUGGACAUACAUAUACUUAUGUACAUUAUUUUUUUGGCUCGCUGCCUAAAGGGGUGCGGCUGUCCGGGACUGUAAACAAUACGUGUACGCCGCCAACCUGGACGGGUGAACCAGGGAACAUACAAAACUACAGAGAAGAGGGACUCGCCCUGGACCCUCUGGCCACCUCGGAGAGUCAGAAUCCACCACAGUUCAGCAGCGGCCCUCUGACUUGGAAUAACAGCUAGCGUUGCAAAUCCCGCCACACAGAGGAAGUUGUUGGAGGAUUAUCAAGGCACUCAUAUUUUCAUCGAGUAGUCUCUAUACACCCUUGAUCAGAUUAGCCCAAUACUCAUCACACACACCCCUACAAGCCACCAUGGAGGAUGACCUGAUGUUUAGUAUGGAGGAGGUGGGCAGUGCUCAGCAUAACCCAAGGAAACAGAGAACCCCAGGUCAACAUGCUCCAUCCCUUAGCGAAGCUAAUGAUAGCGGUGAGGACGACUACUACAUCUGUCCCAUCACAGACGACCCUGUCAGCCAGGCCAAAGACAUCUGUGGCUAUCUGAAGAACCUGGUCCACAGCAAUCAGCUGUCCAACUCUCCCCAAAACUCCUUCAUGUACAAGAAUGAAACAGAGAAGGAAACUCCACAACAACGGUCAGUCGAGUUUGGGGCGUUAUCUGACAAUGGACGGGCAGCGUGGAAUAGAGCCUUAGAGAAGGCCAAGGCCAUGCCUGAUCUCUGGGCUGAGUUUCACCUGGAGGAAAUCAAGACAGAGCCAUGCAUACGAUACAGGUACAAGGCUAUCACAGCAGAGUGGUCUCAAGACACAGUGCACAUCAAGAUGUCUGGCCAGCCUUUUGGACGCGGUGCCAUGAGGGAAUGCUUCAGAACGAAGAAGCUGUCUAACUUCUCCCACAGUAGUAACUGGAAGAGUGCGUGUAACUAUGUAACGAAGCGCUACAUGGAGCCUGUGGACAGGGAUGUGUACUUUGAGGAUGUCAGGCUGCAGAUGGAGGCCAAACUCUGGGGAGAAGAGUACAACCGCCACAGGCCACCCAAACAGGUGGACAUCAUGCAGAUGUGUGUGAUUGAGAUGAUGCAGCGUCCAGGUAAACCUCUGUACCACCUGGAACACUACAUCGAGGGGAAGUACACAAAAUACAACUCCAACUCCGGCUUCGUCAAGGAUGACAACAUCAGGCUCACUCCACAGGCAUUUAGUCACUUCUCAUUUGAGCGUUCGGCCCACCAGCUGAUCGUGGUGGACAUCCAGGGGGUGGGGGACCUCUACACGGACCCCCAGAUCCACACAGAGAAGGGCAAAGGCUUUGGAAAUGGAAACCUGGGUGUGCGGGGCAUGGCGCUGUUCUUCCACUCCCACCUGUGUAAUAAGAUCUGUAAGAGUAUGGGCCUCACACCAUUUGACCUCUCCUCUGCAGAGAAAAGUCAGCUGGACUGCACCAACAGACUGCUGAGGUCGGCGCAGACGGUACUGAGGGGUAGUGAGGAACAGUGUGGUUCAGCUCGUGUUCGUACCAUCUCAGUGGGCCGUGCGCCCCCACUUCUCUCCCGUCUGUCAGAGACUGGGGACAACACUAUAAGUGACUCCAUCCCCUGCUCGCCCCUCGCCUUCCCUGGCUCCCCCCUAGGACAGCACUUCUCUAUGGGCUCCAUGGGAAAGUCUCCUCUGGAUUGGUCUUUUGUAAAUGAGAUGGAUGAACGGGAGAAACGCAACAACCGCAGCCACAGCCCAGAACACAAGGACUCAGAGAAUGGAGGAGACAGUGGGUGUCCAAGUGAGAGGAGGAGUGAAGGGGACCCCAACGACGGGGGACAUUACUCUUCUCUACACCAACACUCAGUCUUGCUGACAGAUGAGAAAUGGAGUGUCUACCACACUUCUCGUUCUCACGUCCACCGGCCAUCCUGUGUUGCUGUGGAGGUGGAGAGACUCGACUCCAUGAUCCUGGAGAGGAAGAUUGGGAAGUCCAUCCUGGGGAAAGUCCACCUAGCGAUGGCGAAUUACCACGAGGGUGGUCGGUUCUGUGAAAAGGAGGAGCAGUGGGACCAGGACUCAGCCAUGUACCACCUGGAGACGGCAGCCAUGUGUGGGGAACUAGAGGCUAUCAUUGCCCUGGGACAGUGUUACCUACAGCUGCCACACCAUAUACUGUCAGAGAUUGAGCUAGAGGACAACUCAGGGAGCCGUAUGAAGGGUUUCAAGUUCCUGCUGCAGGCUGCUGAGGCAGGAGACAGACCCUGUAUGAUCCUGGUGGCCAGGGCCUUCGACACCGGCAUCAUUCUCUCACCAGACAGAUCCCAGGACUGGAAGGAAGCGGUGAGCUGGUACAACUGUGCCCUGAACAUGACGGACUACGACGAGGGGGGCGAGUUUGACGGCAUGCAGGACGAGCCUCUCUACCUGCUGCUGGCCAGAGAGGCUGAGAUGUACCAGGAGGGGGGCCAUGGCCUGGACCGAGACCCACAGAGAGCAGGUGAUCUGUUCACACAGGCAGCAGACGCAGCCAUGGAAGCAAUGAAAGGCCGACUGGCCAACCAGUACUAUAUGAAAGCAGAGGAGGCCUGGGGCAUGAUGGAGGAAGAGGAGUAGGAGACAGAGGGGACAUCACUCUGCAAGGCCAAAGGAAUCGGCUAAUGUAGUGAUGGAUACUUCUCCCUAAUAUUUUAAAGUUUACAGACACUUCUACUGUGAUUUCCUAAAUGCAAUGUGAGUGUAUGAUCUGUGUGUGACCAUUUAUGCAGCUAUCCUCUGGCCUAACUGUGUUUCUUGGUGAUAACCGAAUGACUUGUCUUUAUUUUACACUUUCUGUUUGGAACUGGUCUUUGUCUUUUCAUCUAUUUUCCCCUUUUCUAUUCCUGUCCCCAUUGCCCUUUUGGAUAUACAGUGUAUUUAGACCUCUUGACUUUUUCCACAUUUUGUUACGUUACAGCCUUAUUCUAAAAUGUAUUUUAUUUGUUUCUUCUCAUUAAUCUACACACAAAACCCCAUAAUAACAAAGCAGAAACAGGUUU